AUCAAAAAGAGAAGAAGAAUAAGGUUAUGAAAAUAUUUACAGUUUUUUCAUAUUCUCGUAAGUUUUGUUAAAUUGAAAAGUGAUUGAGUUUGAAAAGUAUUCGUGAUAGUAUAAUUAACAGAAUUUAAAAUGUCUGCUCCGGGAAAUGCUAUGGAUUCAUUAAGUGCGGCUCUUAAGUGUAAUAUAAUUCCAAAUCAGGAGUACCUGCUUCAGGGAACUGUGUUAGAUCAAUACGUGGAAGUGUUAUUGCAUCGUUUAAGAGGACUAUGUGAUAAUGUGGACAGUGGCCCUGAAACUUUUCACGACCACGAACUAUGCUUUUCAUUAAAAAUAAAUACUGGAGCUCCUACUAGCCCAAUGUCUGUAUCAGUGUUUUCCUUAAGGGUGCGAAGAGCUUUAGAUGUCAAUGAUACUCCAUUUCAGCUAAGAUAUAUCGGUCAGCAGGAACUGGGAGACAAAAGUCGACCUACAGUAGUGCGCUCUAGUAUAGACAUGGCCUGCAGUUCGACAAUUGUAGAUUUCUUAACGGAAUUAGGUUGUAGACUAGAUUUUGAAUACAUUGCGAGAGGUUACAUGUUUCGAAAAGGUAGAAUGAAGAUAACAGUGUCAAAGAUAUUUAAAAUGGGAGGCAACAAACCAGGUGAAGGAGUUGAGCCUAUUUCUCAAAGUUACUUGGUGGAAUUGUCUGUUCUGGCUCCCUCUGGGCAAGAUGCUAUUGGUGAAGACAUGAGAAUUUUUGCGGAACAAUUGAGACCUUUGGUUCAGUUAGAGAAAAUGGACUAUAAAAGACUAGGGAAUAUGAUGUGAACAGUUUUUAUAAAUAAUUUUAUGUCUCUUUUUAGUAAUUAAAUUAUUUAACACA